CCGAGGAUAGAAUAUCUAUGGUCCGCCUCGGUUUCCCGGCUAAGAUGUGACGUCAGUCUGGAGGGAAAAGUGGGGGCCCAUUGAGAUCCAUUCACUAUCUGCUGAGGAUGUGAGAGGCUGUGGCUGCUUCUGCACCACCCACUUCAUUUCCCCACAAUCAACAGGAAGACUGGAGGCCAAGGAGAGCAGCCGCACUCUGCAGAAGAGGAAGGACGUGGAGGUCCAGCUGUACAGUCAGAACAAAGGAAAACAAUCAAGGCAAAGGAAUGAGCAAGAAUCAGAAAGAAGUGAAGAAAAUCCAGACAGUUUAUCUGCAGAACUUGGAAAAACUAAACCAGGGGAUAAAGCCAGACAAGAAAAGUUGGAAACCAAAGGAAGGAGACUUUGCUGCAGCGAUGGAAAAGCUGCGACAGCCUCCCACAGCUGUAAAAGUAACCAAAAGCUCAGCACACAGAAUCAGCAGAGAUCUCACCUGCUCCAUCUGCCUGGAUCUCUUCAAGCAGCCGGUGUCCUUGCCCUGUGAUCACACCUUCUGCCAGGGGUGCAUUGAUGGUUACUGGACCGGUCCCCGGGGCCCCAUUCAGGGAGGCACAGGCUCCUGCCCUCAGUGCAGGAAGGUGUACCCGGGGCAAUGCUACAGGCCCAACCGCAUUGUUGCCAACAUAGUGGAGAGCUACUGUCAGGGUCUGGAGGAGAGCGGGACUGGACCUCAUCUGGCAGAUGUUGGAGUGGCGGAGAGGGUUCCUGCUCCGGUCCCACGCUGCAGCCGACACAGAGAGGAGCUGAAGCUUUACUGUGAGGAGGACCAGGAGCUGGUGUGUCUGGUGUGUGGUCUCUCCCAGGAGCACAGGAACCAUACCAUGGUGUGUGUCCAGGAGGCUGAACAGAAGUACCGGGCGUCUCUAAACAGCUCCAUGGAUUCCCUCAAAGCUGAACUCAACACGGCGCUGCAGUGUGACAGGGAAGCCGAGGACGAGGUUAAAAAGCUGAAGGAGCACACCGCUGACCUGAAGCAGCGCAUUGAGGCCCAGUUCAGCGACCUGCACCAGUUCCUGUACCAGGAGGAGAAGCUGCUGCAGGUGAAGCUGAAGACGGAGGAGCGCAGAGAGCUGAUCCGACUGGACGAGCACAAGGCCCUGCUGUGUGUGGAGAUCUCUCGUCUGCAGGGAGCCGUCCACGAGAUCGAGGACAAGCUGAAAGAGCAGGACGCCUUCACUCUGCUCCGGAGCAUCAAAGUCCUGCUCCAGAGGCCUUCGCUGAAGUUUGAGAAACCUACGUUUACACCGCCCAGCCUCUGCGAGGGCCGGUUUGCGGGGCCCCUGCAGUACAGAGUGUGGAAAUUCAUGAAAGGAAGCCUUUAUCCAGUUCCAGCAGCCAUCACAUUUAACUCCAGCACGGCCAACCCUUGGCUCAGCCUGACCUCCUCCCUCACCUGUGUUCGCUACCAGACCUUUAACCACACUGUGCAGGACAACCCCUCCAGGUUCAACGCUGCCCUGUCGCUGCUCGGGAGCCAGAGCUUCACCCACGGGCGACACUACUGGGAGAUUGAAGUCUACAGCAGCACAGUCUGGACCGUGGGGGUGGCCCGAGAGUCGGUGCCCAGGAAGGGAGUCAUCAAGGCCCUCCCGGCCAACGGCUUCUGGACCCUCUCCCUCUCUUACGGGAUUCAGUACAUGGCUGGCACUUCGCCCCCCACCGUCCUGUCCCUGGAUGAGCCGCUGGUCCGGAUCGGAGUGUACCUCGACUACAAGAGGGGCCUGGUGUCCUUUUACAACGCAGAGUGCAUGACACACCUCUACACCUUCAGGGAGACCUUCACUGAGACGCUGUACCCUUACUUCAACCUGGGCUUUCUGGAUAAAGUGCAUGAAAAUGAACCUCUCAAGGUUUUCCUACCAAAGAUUUAACAAAACAAAACAAAAGGUGAUACAAAUACAACUGAAGAGGGACCACAGAGGUGAAAAAUGACCAAACAAUAAUGGAAAAUGUACUUUCCACCGUACAGAAUUAGAGCAGAGUUGUGAUUUUGCAAUGUACAUUAGAAAUUAGAACCACCUGUCCAAUAGAAACAGGUGUAUCAUAAAGGGGCCACGUGGAGUUUUCAAACAAACAAAAGUUUAAAUUCAGUGUUACUCACCAAAUGUCCUUGAGGUGUAACAUGCAUUUCCUUCCUCAUAAAACAUUUGCAAAGAUGAUUUUCAUUGCAGUAUUGUGCAUCAUGUCUGCAGGAGACCGGUGUGCUCGUGUGUUUGCCGGCUUGCAGUCUUCUUCUUACCUGACUUUGCUGACGCAUUAGAGCAUAUAUUUGUGUGUCACCGCCACCUGUUGAUCAGUGGUCGGACCGUGCAUCACAAAGACAACAGAAACCCACUCACUGAAAAGUAACAGUAACACAGACUGGCUCUACUGGCACACAUUUCAUUUCAGAGAAGCUGUGCUUCAGUGAAGAAAGUGAAACCGUCUGAUAUGUUUUAUUUUUAAUGAUUCAAUAAUCUUUCUUGUGCAUGAUACACUAAUACAUUCAAUAAAAUAUCUUAAUCGCUCUAUACUGUGAUCAUCAUUGUUAAAUAAAUGUACAUUAUGCUUUAGUUGUUCAGAUGGUGUCAUAUCAUAGAAAUUAUGUAUUUGGUGCAUUCAGGGACCUUGGGAGAUGUUAAGCUUCUUUGGUAGCAGAACGAUUGUGAGAGUGAGACUUAUAAGCCUUUUUCAUGUGAACAAAUGGUUUCAGUUUUGGAUAUCUACUUUGUACUUGUUGUGCUUGAUGCCUUGACUGUAACAACUGUUUUCACCCUGACUGAUCCAACAUUUUAAUAAAAGCAUUUCUUGAAA